UCGGAGCUUUGUGACGUCAACAAAUGCAAAACUAGCUCAUAGUGAUUAGCCACGUCAUGUUAACUUGGCUGUGGAGUAGCUGUCAAACAAACCCAAGAAGGCUUGUACUUUAAAGCGAGUUUGAGUUAUUUUUAAAGAACAGACUUUGUUUCGCCUUUAUUAGUUGGCGGGACUCCUAUGGAAAGAUGUCAGACAUCGGGGACUGGUUCCGAAGCAUCCCUUUGAUCACCCGGUAUUGGUUUGCUGCUUCGAUUGCUGUUCCCUUUAUCGGUAAACUAGGAUUGAUUGAUUUUAGGAACCUUAUGCUGUUUCCAGAGCUGGUCUUUAGCAGAUUUCAGCUCUGGAGGCCGGUGACAGCCACCCUUUACUUCCCCAUCACCCCAAACACUGGCUUCCUCUACAUGGUCAAUCUUUAUUUCCUCUACCAUUACUCCACUCGGCUGGAAACAGGAGCGUUUGAUGGCCGGCCUGCAGACUAUGUUUUCAUGCUCCUUUUCAACUGGAUCUGCAUUGUUAUAACCGGGCUGCUGAUGGACAUGCGGCUGCUGAUGAUCCCACUGAUCAUGUCGGUGCUGUACGUCUGGGCUCAGUUCAACAGCGAGAUGAUCGUGUCUUUCUGGUUUGGAACUCGCUUCAAGGCACAUUACCUACCUUGGGUCAUCCUGGUCUUCAACUUUAUCAUCGGAGGAUCAUUUGUGAAUGAGCUGACGGGCAAUCUGGUCGGCCACCUCUACUUUUUCCUCAUGUUCAAAUACCCCAUGGACCUGGGCGGACGCUCCUUCCUCUCCACGCCCGAGUUCUUGUAUCGGUUCUUCCCUAACACGCGAGGAGGAGUGUCGGGGUUUGGAGUUCCUCCGACCAGGAGGCCGGUUCCCCAGGAGCCGCCAGCGGCAGGCAGGGGAGGAGGCCGUCACAACUGGGGACAAGGCUUUCGCCUCGGAGGAGAAUGAGAUCCUCCUUCAGCUCCCUCUUAACAAACAACUGAGCAGUUGACUUUUUUUUUUUUUUUUCUGCCUGAGAUUUUUGCUUCCUCACAAUUUUCUGUUUUGAGAAAGAAAGAGAGAGAGUGAGAGAGAAAGAAAAACUUUACCUCAAGUUUGAUUCACGUGUAUGUGUGUUGGGUUUUCAAAGAUGCUGCAGGAUGAAACCGGAGAAAGUGUGUGUAUGUGCUUUAACCGGAACUGCUCCGCUCCGCACUACAGGACUCGGACUCUGACCGUAGGCUCGGUUCAGCCGUUUCUACUGCUGCACGCGUCCAGCAGAUGGAACUAAUAAAAAUAAAUGUCUUUUUUCCGUGGCGACCCCGAACGCCUCCCGCUCAUUUCCGUCUUUCCUGUCCUCUUCCGCCGUUUUCCUCCAUGACUCGACUGUCGACACGAGAGAUGUUGCAGCUGCACGCUGUUGAUUCGGACUCCUCCCUGCUUGUGAUGCCAUAUCAGAUUACAUUGUAAUUAUCACUGCCGAGUGCGCCGUCAGCCUCCCCCCAGCAGACGAGAAGGGAAGCUAUAGCGCAUAAAAAAAAAAAAGUAUUCACCUCCUUGGAUGUUUUGCCCUCUUUAUUGCUUUUACAAAUCAGUCAUGAUCAACAAAAGUUGGCUUCACUAAAAAAAAUAUCAAUCUGACUUCUACAAAAUGACAAACACUUUAAAUAUUCACCCCCAUUUAACCUAAUUUAACAGAGGUCCAGUCAAUUAGUGCCAGCAAUCUCACAAUGAGAAGAAUGAAGUGACUAAAGUAGCAUAAAGACACCAGUAGCUGGAAGGUAGGAUUAGAAAAGAACACUCCAAGCAAAUCGGAGUAAACGUUGCUUAAGGUAAAAGUCAGGGGAUGGAUAUAAAAAAGUUUCAGCAGCUGAAAUGGUAGAGACUGCCUGUUGCCUGUGCUUUUCAUCAUUUAAAAAGCACAGGCAAGUGACGAGAGAGCCACUUAAAGAAAAUUCAUAUCUAGGCUAAAACAGUUUGCCAAAUGGUAGAAAAGAAACUCCAUAGUCAAGUGAAACAGGGUUCUUUAGAGUGAUGAGUGAAAAUAGAGCUAUUCAGCCAUCAAACAAGACACUGUGUUUGGCAGAUCUCAACAAUGCACAUCAGCACCAAGACGUUAUUCCCAGUGUGAAGCACGGUGGUGGCGGCAUGCUGCUUGGCAGGAAGGCUAGUGAAGGCAGAAGGUAAAAUGAAUGCAGCAAUAUAUCGAGAAAUGCCAGAGAAUAAUUUGUUUUCAUCUGCAAGAGAACUAAGGAGCUAAAGUGACACAGAAAUGGUUAAAGACAAGUCAAUCUGAUAGAGAAUUUGUUUCAGGACUUGACACAGAAACCUGACGGAAGAUUGAAAAGUUUUGAAAAGAAGAAGUGCAGCAAAAAUCACAUCUUCUAAACGAUGACUUCAAGUGGUGAAUAUUUAUGCAGUCACUUGUUUUCUUUUGUAAAAAGCAGUUUUCCACAACUGAUUUUUUGGUUUUACUAAAAAAAAUUUUUUUUGUCAAAAAAGUCAAAUUCGUAAAACAUCCACAGGGGUGAAUACUUUGUUUUUUUAUACAUAGAAACUGUAUUUAACUUGUGUAUCUCCCAGGUCUGAGCUUGAGUACGUGUAACAUAUUUGUAUUUUCGAGCCUUUGGUGCAAAGAGCCGGAACUUUUUCUGACGUGAGACGAUUUAAAUGAGGUAAAACAAAAAUGAGCUCUUGCUCUUUUUUUUGUAAAUACAGCACAUUAUUGAAAAGAUGAGUCUGGGUGUGUUGAUUAUUUUUAUUGUUGCCUUAAUGCAAUACUUUGUUAAAAUAAAUUAUUAGAAUAUGUACAGAAGGACCAGUUGAGAAUUGUUUUAUUACUAUUUGUUUCUCGUUUUCUCCUCUAAAAGAGCAAACACAUUUAUUGCCCUCAGUUAUUUUACAUUGUUGCAUUGAUGUGGGUUGAUUAUCAGUUUUGUAUCAACACAUCAAGUAGAAGAGAUGUCCAUCUGCUGGGUCAUGUUGGUAAGUGGUGCUGGAAGAAAACAAAUAUUCUUAAAGAACCCUCAAGCUAAGAGUCGAUAUAAGUUUUUCAUUUUGCCAAACACGGCUCUCUGUCUAGGGCGGCAUGUUUAUGGGGGGCGGCACAAGAGGUUCUAGAAAAGCAAAAGGAAUUGCACACAUUUAAGUUGUACAUUUUAGUUUCGUCUCAACAUUGUGAGGCAUCAGUCAGGUGAGCUUGAUUCACAUCAGAAUUUCACACCAAGGCAAGAAAUUAGAUGAAAUUUGACCCAUUUAUAAUUAAAUUUACAUUUAUUUCAUACAUUCCAUAUAAUUUAAUUUUUCUUUUAGCCUAAUGUUUUCCUUUGGUGUGCAUGUUCAGUUUUGAUUGGAACUGGUUCUCUGAGCCCAAUCACCUGCAUGGUUUACCCCCAGUUACGACUUGUAAGACCGACUUCACGUUUCAACAUGGCCGCUCCACAGUAGGAAGAUUAGGUGGAAACAUUUUACAAGACACACAUGUGAAAGUGCAUCUAGAAUCAGUCUUGUAUGUAGCGGCCCCGGUCCCCACUACUGAUUGGGCCACUAGGUAUAAGAUUAAAUGGAUCAUAUUUUAAGUGCUUAUUAUAAGUGAAGCUUAAGAUGUUUCUAAGAAUUACCACGAACAACGCCUACGUUCAUCGCUACGUUGAAAUUCAGGCUUUUUAACUAGAAGCAGUUACCUCAGCUCCGACGUCAAAUCUAGCUCAGAAUUCCCAAUUCAUAUCUGAAAAGUGUGGCAAGCAUUUUCAAUCACUCUAAUUAGGUUAGUGAAAAAAUGUAAAGACUGUUUAAAUACUUGUCCAAAGCACUGUAUUGAUGCUGGCAGAAAAUAAUCGCAACAAAUUCAAAUAUCAAGGAAUCUCAUAUUCUCCAUUUUAUUCAGACUACCACGGCAUUUUGCAGUCAACUGUGUUUUUAUUGAAUUGCAUCAGACUUAAAAGGGAGAAAAUGAAAAUGCAAGCAGUAAUCCUGUACACGUCAAAAACAAGAUGUUGAGUUAUUCGAGACCGUGAACCCAAUGCAGCAGGAACCAACAUGCAGUCAAGCAUACAGCCAUCCACCUGCUGACGCUAAAUUAUAGCUCCCCUCCCUCCUUCUGUGACUGAAAGCAAAAAACCCACCGAUUUCAUUCAUGUGGAAAUAAAGAGGUCAACUUGAACGACACUUUCCAAGAUGAGUUAAAAAGAGAGAAACGCUUGAAACUUUGUGACAGCUUUUGACUGCAGUGACAUUCCAACCGCCUUUUAACAGCUCCGUUUUUGUAUCUCCGACGUUCGUCCACCUCCGUUUUGAGCAUGUGCAGAAAUGAAGAGGGGGAAUUAAUCCCACCUUGACUCUUAAGCGAAGAAGCCUAGAUAGAAGACAAGACGUAUUUACAGCUAAACGAAUGGAUAUAUAUGAGAAGGCUCAGAUAAAGGUGCUCAGGUUAUUUAGAGUGCAUGUAGCAUUUUCAUAAAAAAAAAAAAGAAAAGAAAAAAGAAAAUGAAGGGCUUUUGGCAGGUUCCGCCGAGAAGAUUUACAACACAGAACUGUGAAGCUGCUCCACUCUGCUCCCUUUUUUUUUUUUUUUUUU